GAAAUUAUUUCAUGAGUUACCUACUGUUUCUAGCCUUCGAGCGCCGCCAGGAUGCAGCAGAAUGUAGCGUGGUGUAAGCUCUGGCCCGUUGGCUUAGCGCACAUCUUUACUCCUCCAGUUCUAGCAACUUCAGGCAACGUAACCCACAACACACAAGAUCGGAAGUCCAAUUGGCCUAUGAUUUGCUCUGUAUGUGCUGCUGCUGCUGCUGCUGCUACAAGUCUCACACAACCUACCUACUACUUAGUACUAGUAGAGCAACACCAUGGUUGGUUCAUGGGAACAUCACCACCACCACCACUACCACCACCAACAACAACUACAACACUUACAUCCCUACUAACUCUAUACAUCCAGUAGUGUAGAUGGCAUGUCUAGUGCCGGGGAGACCUACGAGAAAGAGGGAAAGUGGUCCAGGCAUCCUCGUCAGCUUACAUAGUACCUGUCUGUUACAUU